CGACUUUCAAUCUUCCGGGUAUUUAAAUCUAGUUUAUUCUAGUUUUAAUUAAGUAGAAGCGGGUGCGUGCAUUGUGUUAUAUGAAUUUGUCAUUCAAUAUAAUAUAAACUUAAAGGAGAUAAUAUAUUGAUGAAAUUCAGGAAUGUUAGGAAACAUGGUAUUUUAAGCAAGACCUUCAAAUCUGGGAACAAUUCCGUUGAAUUAGUAACUAUACUAAUUAAUUUAAUGGACAACUGCAGCCAGUAAAUAGAUACAGAUUGAAAGGUGUACGUGCUUGCGUGCGUGCGUGCGUAAUCGGGAAUGGCGAGGGAACUGCUGGUAAUUGUCACCCUGUUUGUGUUUCUGGCCGAAUAUGCGAGCGGCGAAGUAUGUGAACAGACAUAUAGCGUGAAAACUUCUUCGAACCAAAAUUACUAUGCACAAUGCGGCUGGUGGGGCUGGAACCGGUGUCAACGAUCAAGGACAGUUUACAAACUUGAGACUAGAACUCGUCAGCUGUGUUGUGCCGGAAGCUACGGAAGCGUUGCCACAGGAUGUGUAGGAGUGUGUCCGUAUAGUGAUGCACAGUCGUCCUCGGCAUGCCCCGGUAACAGAGUUUGCAGGGAUUAUCAGUGCGAUGCAUCUGGCGUUAAUGCUUCAAGUUUGCCAACACCAGCAGCUCUAACAUUCAACGAGAACGAUGAUCAAGAACGACUGUUGUGGACAGUUGAUGGCCAGUGUUUCGUCCAAGAGUCAUGUCCCUGUGCGCGAAGGCGUAGAGAAACCGACGAAAAAGAACGAGAAAAACGUGCAACAUGCACUUGCUCCAAAACGGUUCCAUGCACGCAUUGUACAGUUCAGAGUACGAAUGGAAUAGCAGCAGUUCGCAAUGGAAUCGAGAUCUACCGGAAAGCAUGUAACCAGACAUGUCGUGACUGUAGUAGGUACCCUGGUUGUCUUGACAACAAGGUCAACUAUGUCCUCGCCGUUGAAUGCCGAGCUUCCGGUUAUAUCUACAACGGUGCUGUUCAGCAAAGUUUUAUCCUGAACGUCACGGAAGCGCCAGCCCCAAUCAUAGAAGUAGACCCAGGCAACCUACUUGUCCUAGAUACCGGUGCUAAAGUCGGUGACACGUUACUGACCAUAGGCGAUAUAAUUAUCGCAGAUUCAGAGAAAGUGACAUACAGUGUUGAAGGACCUGUUUCAGUUAACACUGGGGAACCCCUGUUUGGGUACAAUGAGACGAGUAAGAAAAUAAUUGUCAACUCCGACCUGUCUGAAGAACAAAGUGCAGUUUACACUCUUCAGUUUUGUGUGGAGCAUCGCCGUGGAGCCACCUGUGUUGAACUGGUUGUGAAAAUAGAUCGUAUGACCACUACAACAACACAGGCGCCAACCACUCAACCGGAAGACGAGGCGGAAUACAUGUGUAUGGCAGCCGACUCCUGGAAAUUGUUACCAGGGAUGGACUGGUGGUGUAAUUCAAUCUGCGGAAAACUGGGAAACGCAUGUCCGUACCUCGAUACACACUGCAUAUGUCAGGAUAUCGCGAGCGAGCAUCUGAACUGCAGAGGGGGUGGCUUGUAUGCGGAUGCUUUCUACAUGGAUGUGUGGUGUGAUCUGAACUGUAACAUGGGAAUCUACUCGAAUUGCCCGACGAACACGUCCCAACCUGCCUACUGUGUGUGCAACUGAGACCAAAAUAUAGUGCAAAGCGUCAGAAAUAAGUGCAUAACUUUCAUAGCGUCAAAAAUAUGUGCAUAACUUUAGUAGCGUCAAAAAUAUAUGUUUUUUCUUUCGAAAAGAUACAUAAAAUGUCAGUGAAAGCAAAAUUCAUUUUUUUUUUCAAAAGUAAAAGUUACUUUUGUAAAAUGUAAAUGAAAUAACAGACUGCAUCUUCUCCUAACAUCACUUUUAAAUCAAAUAAAUUGUUUAUAUAUUUAGUAUAAUACAAACUGCUUCUGUUUAAGCAUCUGUAAUAGCAUAGGUUUUUACGGAAAGCCAUGUACGCUUUGAUCUAUAUUAUGAACAGGAAUUGUGGAGUUUCAUGUGUAUUACCUUAAAAUAAGCUUUACGUGUUGAAAAUUGAAACAAUCACCUUAACACUAGGGAUUUUUUUCUGUUUAUUUAGUUGCGUUUGAUUUGUCAUCCAAAGUUGUAAUAUUGUGCUUUUUCCCAAAUAUUCAUUUUAAUUCUUUAUCUUUGAAGUUAUUAGCGCUUUCUUACGUUUAUCAAACAGUUAAUGAGAGUAUCACCAAUGUGCUAAAUGUUUACUUUUUUACUGUCUUGCUUUGCUAUCUUAAAAUGUGCAUUCUUUGGUAACAAACUUUUUACUCUUAUGUAUGUUAUAUUGAUUUCUUUUGAUAUUUGUUAUAACUCAUUUGUAUUAUUUCCAGAUGAAAUGUUUCGCAUAGAGUUUCUUAAACUUUCCUUUGCACGUCUGUUUAUAGAUAAAUCAAACUCCGCCAUGUCUUUACAUAAUUAUAUAUAUAAUAAUAAUAAUAAUAAAAGAAACAAGCGGUGCCAGUGAGCUCCCUUGCAAAUUACGCAAAUUAAAAAAAAAACUGACAUGUAACUUGGUCAUUUGAUGUUGUUUGGUCUGUGAAAUAAGCUGGUCACCUAGUUAUGUUAUUAUAUUUCAUCUAACUUAGCUUAGCGUCUCAAUGCAACUCUUUUGGCUGUUUCUGUCUUAUUUAUACAGGUUAGACACUGUCGACUGAAGGAGAUAUUUUAGCAUUAUUGUUAUAUACAAUAGGUAUUGAAAUGUUAUUACCAAUGUAUGUGCUUAUUAGAUAAAUCCUCGAUAUAUAUGUGUAAAUAAGGAAUCUGUUUUGACUAGUUACAAUACUACAUGUGAAUGGCUCUACUGUUAGAGUCAAUUGAUUCAAACAAUAGGAAUUCUUACAGGUUAGUCAUUUAUUAGAUUGGUUUAACUUAUGAGUUGUAAACUAGAGAAUAGAAGAGCCUUUCUAAGAAAAUUGAUCUGGAAGGUAGAAAUAACAGCAAACUUUUAAUAAGACCAUGACUCAUUUACCGCCUGUCAGAAAUUUUAUAUUUGUUUUUCACGAUGUGUCUAAAUUAGUUUUAUCUCUCAAUCUUUCAUAUGCAUUGGUUUUGCAAGUAUCUUGGUGGCACAUUGUAGUGUGUAACAUAACAAAAACAUUCAUGACAAUAGUUGUGCUAGACAUUGUUUUCUUGAGCUCAUUGAAGUCAUAUAAUAAUUUCUAUUGUUUUAAUUGUUUAUUGUUGGUUAUGAGGGCACCAAACUUGUUUUUCUUUUGUUUGUUCUUUUUUGGUAUACAACUGAAUAUUUGUUUGUUAUUUGUCAUUCAUCGGAAAUUCAAAAUGUGAUACACUUUAAGCUUAUGUGAACAAUGAACUGUGAAUGUAACUAAAUCCUGCUGGUCUCCUCACAGUAUAAGAAGCACCUUUGCAAACAUAGAAAAGCUGUUUCAUUGUCUGUUCGUAAAAGGUGAUGAAAUGCGCAACAAGUUAAAUGAAUGAUAGUAUACUAAUCUUACGACUGAGUGAGUUAUUUUUUGCAAGCUUUCUGUGUGCUUAUACUAACAUGACAUCUUAUCAUCCUCUUUUUUAUCAAGAGUUCUUUAAAAUCUAUAUAGAAUAACUUUUCUUUUAAAAAGUUUUAGAUUACAAAAACGUUAUUAAUUGCGCUUCCCCAAUGCAUUGCAUACAUAUUGUUUCUGCCUUCGUCAUCUAUCCCUGUCUGGACUUCCGUCUGUCUGGACUUCCACAUUUAGCUUGAUCGAGUUUCUCAAAAUCAUCAGGUUGGAUUAAUGAAAGUUCACAGAAUUGAUAUAACGAACCCUGAUUGUGCCUAUCCUCUGAUUCUUUUUUGUUUGGAGCUGAUACCCUUUAAAAGUUAUUUUAGUAGCAUUUGUCUAGGUUUUCUUUUUAUCUUUCAAAUGUUACAGUAUCAACAAAAACAAUCAAUGUACUGAAAUGUUUUGAGACAUGCAAUGUUUAGAACACUAAUAUUCGCGGUAAAAAUAACGAAAAUGUUGUUUUCAUCAAUCUUUUCCACACAUCUAUCAGAGAUAAACAAUGAUGAACCAAAGAGAGAGUGCAGAUCUAUGGAUCUUUUGGUCGUGAGUUCAAUCCCUCGAUGAGAUGAUGUUCUACACGAUUUUAUUUAAACCAAGUUGCGUCUUAAAUCAUUCGUUCCCCAUCUCUUCUUCGGGUGGAGAAUUUGGCAAUAAUUGCUGAGAACAUGUGGCAGUAAAUUGCUGAGAACAGGUUAAGUACUGGUACACAAUCCAGUACCACUGGCAGUUACAUAAAUUUAAACAAAAAUUGAAAAGCGGGACUUAACCCCAACAAACAAACAAACAAACAAACAAACAAACACAUAAACGAUCAUUCUUGCAUAAAACCUUUGUUUUUUGCCGAUUUCGGGCAUGCACAAACAGGGAAAAAACGUGUACAAACAAGGAGAUUCUCGUGAGCACGCGCUGUUGGUGAACGUUUUGAAUAUGCUGUUGCGGGUCCAACGUAAGCAAAUUAUGGAUCCCGAAUCAAUUUUGGCCGAAGUCGAAAGGUCCGAGAUUUUUCAUCUGCAUUUUUAUUAAAAAUAUCAUUUUUCAACCUAACUUUACUUUAACUUGUAAUAAGCGCUACCUCUCUUGAUACGCGACUGAAUUGACGUUCCUUAUUAUUGUAUUAUUACGCGUAUUAGACUCAAAGUAAGUUUACACACCGCGAUUUAAUCCCUGAAAAUGAUAGGCAAACAAUAUUUACAAAAAUACAAUUUCGUUUUCCAAAUUAAUUUGAGUCGAGAAAGUUGACAUGCUAACUUUAAAUCUUACACUAAAACUUUUAAAAAAUGUUUGUGUCUACUUUACACAUCUAUGCAGUCUACUGAUGUAGUGAUGGUGUGUAAUGUAAAGCAUAAACAUGACGAAGCGUAAAGUUUGAAGAAUUUUUCCAUAGUUAAUGAACAUUUGAUGAACAGAAGGUAUUUAUUAUAUAUUUUUCAAUUUAUUUGUAGAUCUCACCAACCAUGUUUGAGUUUAUAAAUCCAAUCUAAGUUGAUUAUAUCGAUGUUGGAAAAAUUCAAAUUUUUGUGUUUAUCAAACUUUAAUCGCGAUGGGGUGGGGUGCAAAGCAAAAUUUUCUAGUUAUAGGCCUAGAGAUUUCUUUUUUAACGACAUGAAGAAUAUAAGUAUCGAUACCAGUUUCUAUUAAACGAUAAUAUUUACAUUUAAAAAGCGUAAGGGACAGACUAUUAAUUUAAACCAAGCAGAAUUGUAUUCUGUCGGCACCUCACCUGCAAAUUGUCUAAAGACAGGAUGCCGUGUACAGUAUGCCCUUUUCUCAUAAUUCCGAGCCUCUAAAGCUAAAGUUCCUACCGAUAUAUCGGAAAAAGGGGAAGUCAUGCUUAUUUUACAUAUAUUUAAUAUUAAAGAAAUUACCACAACAAGAAUGUCCGUUCGACAUGUAUAAAAUAUGCACUGUUUCUGUAUGCCCUGGAAAGGCAUAAAUAAAACAUGUGUCCAUAACAACCUGAAACGGCCGACUUCGAUCGGCUAAUGUCAGCUGAAUAGUCUUGCUUUUUCGAUAUUUCCAGCACUUUAGUUGUGUUUUAUGCAAGAAUAGCGAUAACACACGUUUUUUCGUGAAACAACAUCUGCAGAAUCCCUCGGGCUAUGUUGGUGCACUCGCCCUACGGGCUCGUGCACCAACCAAUCCCUUGGGAUUCUGCAGAUGUUGUUACACAAAAAAACGUGCGUUAACCCUACAAAGUAACAGUCACACUUCACGUAAACCGACGGCACCUGUCUUUUGAUAGUUUUCAGUUUUAUCAGGGGAGGUCGAUAUUAGAUUGAAGGGACAAGGAUUCCCGUGAUAACUGAAAAAUAUCUGUUAUUGUAGAAAAAGCUAAUUUUGAUUUUAGCCACAGGUCAUUGACGUGGUAAAUGUGUCAGUUUUAUGGGAUACCUGUGACCGGAGCUGCUUAGUAGAACUUUUUAACAUGCUAAUCUUGGUCCCUUGAGGACUUCUAAAUGAUCUGUUGAGAUUGUUUUAAUUUUCAUGAAAUAUCUGUUUAUAUUUCGAGUUGAAUGUAAAAUACAUAUAACCACUAAAUGGAAUGUCUAUGAUAUUGUGAAUCAUGUGGAUUUGUUCCAUACGUGUAUUUCUCGUUUUUUAUUGUUUUGUUUAAUAAUCAUCUAGUUUAUUUCGUUAUUCAGAUCGUUUUAUUGUCGUUGUUUUACUCUCAUACAGACUUUAACAUUGCUUAUUUGCCAUUUUGAUAUAUAUACGAGUAACGUUGUGUAUGUUUUGAUAUAUACACGUUAUAACGUUGUAACGUUGUGUAUGUUUUGAUAUAUACACGUGUAACGUUAUGUAUGUUUUGAUAUAUGCACAUGCAACGUUGUGUAUGUUUUGAGACGUUUUGUUUUUUGGAUGAAAUACAAUCAGUCGUGUUUUCGUAUUGUCAUAUCAUUAUGGAUUAAGUAUUUUAUUAUUUGUUUCUAUAAAUUUCGAUACUGUACUGUUUUUACACUUUACAGUUUUUCUUAUAACAUGUAUACUACAAUCUCUUUUGUUUUGAUACAUUUGUAUUAUUUUUUUUCUCUUGUUUUCAUUAAAUGUAAUCGUUA